CCUACAGGUAACAUCUGCUCCAGGAGUAAGCCACUAAUAUAACUUCUCUUGUGUUAAGAAGUAAAGAUUUUGGAUAUUUACCAAGUAGUUCCACUGUAUCUUCGUAACUACAAGAAGAUAUUGAAGAACUAACAAUACAAAGAAGAGAUACAGACGAAAACACACACACACUCCCUCCGUCAAGAAUUACCAAGGCAAAACUGGUGGUCUUAACUGCCUGGAAUUAAUCAAGGAAAUAACAAUGCAAGACGUGGAAAUUGCCGCUAACAGGGAAACUCCAGGGAAAGACGGACGAUUUUGGAGGAAAUGGUGUAGUCACGGAUUUUAUUUCUGGUGUAAGAAGUAUUUUUGGGAAGGUCAGCUGAAGCAAGGAACGGGGGCGGAAACAGGUUACGAUACAUCAGGCAAUACAACUGGACCAUUUAGCGGUUUGUCACCCUCCAGACGUAAAUUCUGGAGUCUGUUGAUACCCAUUGCCUUCUAUCACUUCUGGUACUGGUCCAUGAUGUGCUAUAAGGAGCUGUUUUAUGUGUUUGAGGACAAAUAUCUCAUCGCCAUUGCCAUGAUCCCCGGCUCGAUGAUUGCUGGGAUGACAUGUGUGGGUGGUGGAGCUAUAGCGUUUCCAGUAAUGACACUAGCGAUGGACGAGUCACCUAUAGUGGCGCGAGAUCUGUCAAUUACCAUACAAGCUAACGGGAUGCUGGCUGCCUCUUUCUCUAUCCUCUUCAUGAAGGUUCACAUCGAGAGACACUCCUUACUGUACAGUUUCUUGGGAUCUUCUGCUGGAGUAAUAUUCGGGCUGGAGGUUAUAGAUCCAAUAUUAUCUCCCUCGGUGAAGAAAAUGGGAUUUGCUAGUAUUUUCUUCGCCUUUGCAUUUACUUUGUUUUUGAUUAAUUGGAAUAACAAAAGACGAACGUAUAAUAAUAUUCAAGAUCUCAAUUGGUGGAAAAUAUUGUUGAUUUUUGUAUUUGGUUUUAUCGGUGGUAUUUUUACUGCCUUCGCUGGCUGUGGGUCCAAUAUCUGGAUGUUCAGUCUUCUCACACUCUUCUUCAAAAUAUCCGAGAAAGUAGCGACCCCGACCUCGGUGAUUCUAAUGGCCUUAAACUCACUAGUAUGUUGGGGAUGGAGAUCUUUCGUCACAACUGGGAUGCCUCAAGAAAGCUGGGAUUAUCUAUAUGUCGUUUUACCCAUUGCUACGAUGUUCGCUCCUUUAGGUGCUUUCAUUGGGACACAUUUCCACCGGUUAGUCCUGGCUGCCUGUGUUUACAUUCUGAACACUGCGACUCUGGUCAGUGCCUUUGCGAUAGUUCCUCAAACGCCUGCUCUGACUGGUGGCUCUGUUGGUCUUAUCAUCGGCACGUCGGUUUUCUUCGCCUUCUUAUUCAAACUUGGUGAUCACAUAAAAGCAAAACAAGAGGAAAAUAUGACACAGAAGAUAUCAGGAGAGAAAAAAAAUGACGUAACCGGUAGCUAUAUUAAUGACGGGUAUAUAAACAGCUGAGGCGCAAAAGGUGACCACCAAGCUCAGAAAACAAGCAAAAAAAAGUGCAGUUCGUUCCAUUUAAAGUUCAAACUGCACCAAAAAUAUAGUGAGUGCAUUUAUUCAUGAGCAUCAGCCACAGGACAGCAGGCACUUGCUAUAGUUGGUGUGUGACAUCCAUCUAACAUCCAUGAAAUAAAGGCAAACACGACGACAAAAAUCAAGUUCCUGUUUUGUAUUGACAAGUGAACAGUUCAGCCAACUAAUAAUCAUAUUGUGAGUUACUCUUGAGCUGUUCAGGUGCAAUAACAAAAAUAACAACUCAAGGGGAUAAAAUUUCAUAAUUUUCUUAUAUAAAUCAAGAACAAAAGCCACAAUGGGUAGUUUAGCAGCUAUUGAAAAACAGAGGUGGAACAUUUCACAUUAGUUUACCCUCUACUGCCACCAUGAGAGACAGACGGUACACAAAAUACUAUCACUACAUAAUCCGGGUAAACUAAUACAUAUAAAGUAACAAUGAAGUCUUGGUCUACAUAUAGAAGCUGAAUUACAAAUCUUUUCAUUUCUUUUACCAGUAUGUUAAGCAUUUUUCAUUUAUUUUAUUAUUUUUUACGUUUCACUUUUGUUUUUGCGUCUUUGGUAAAUAAUUGGUAUUAUUUUUAUCAUUCCUUUACCAUAAUUUUACAGCCGAUCUCUCAAAAAAAGUUCAUUAUUCUUGUCAAAUUUCACGUAGGUUUUUUGAGUACUUAUAUUCGAAGUCAGUUGUCCAGUAGAGGGACUUACCUCUACUAAGUGUGCCAAAAGUUCGCUAAGACUGAUAAAAAAACCCUUGCUAGCCGGACAACAGAUGGUGCUUAAAGACAUGUGGAUAAUGGAGACUGAU